AUGGUCGAGACGGCAAGCAACUCUCUGCUGUCUACCAGCACCUCGGACUCCUCACUGUCAGUCCAGCUGCACCCUCUGGUUCUGCUCACCAUCUCCGACUACAUAACGCGCCACUCCAUGCGCAGCCAGCAAGGCCCAAUCAUUGGUGCAAUCAUCGGUCAGCAAAACGGACGUACAGUCACCAUGGAACAAGCCUUCCAGUGCAAGAUCAAGGAGGACGGAGAUAAGGUACUGGUGGACGAAGAGUGGUUCGCCGAGCGUCUAGAACAGUUCAAGGACGUUCACAAAUCUCCCCCUCUUGAUCUCGUCGCCAUCUUCACCCUCGCUCCUCCCUCAGGUCCUCUCCCCGACCAUGUGCCAAUCCUUCAACAACUACAACACUCGUACAACGAUUCGCUUAUGCUCCUUCUCUUCCACCCUCAGACGAUCCUUGACGGCUCUCUUACUGGCGGAAAACUUCCCAUCUCAAUCUACGAGUCUUACUACGAGCCUGGCAGUGAGAAUGCAGACAAGGGCAUGCAGGUCGAAGGAUGGGGCAUGGGUCGCCAAUUGCAGAUGCGCUUCCGUCAACUACCCUUUGAGGUCGAGACUGGAGAAGCUGAGAUGAUCGCUGUCGACUUUGUUGCGAAGGGUAGCGGCUCUGCUGCUGUCCAAAAUUCUGCCACACCUGCAUCGAAAGGCAAGUCUCGCGCUGAGGGAAGUGCUGCUACCAACGAUGUUCAGCUCAGUUCUGCAGAUGAAGAAGUUAUCUCAUCUCUCACUGCCAAGUACAACGCCAUCAAGAUGCUGCACCAACGCAUCAACCUCAUCAAGGCCUAUCUAGCCGAACUACCACAAUCAUAUCUGACCGAUGCAUCCAUCUCAGCCGGCACCAGCGAUCCUCCUCUCAACCAUCAACUCCUCCGCGAAAUCUCAUCCAUGCUCUCUCGCCUACCAUUACUCGCUCCUCCCGUCUCUCAACCCUCCACCACUAUCCCAGUCCCGGGUAUGCCACAAUCAUCACUCGCAACAGCCUCGUCACAAGAACAGUCAGAUGUGCACAUGGUAUCCCUGCUCGCUUCUCUUACCCGCACAGUAGCUCAAGCGAAGGACAUGGGUUCAAAGUACUCGAUUGUCCAAAAGGCAAAGACGGACAGGAACAAUGUCGGUAUGAUGGGUGGUGGUCGUGGUUUCAGCAACUAUGGCCCUGGACCUGGUGAUGACCCUUGGGGUACCCCUGGCGAGUCUAACGAUUACGCUCCAAUCAACCUUUGA